AAAAGAUCUCAAAAGCUGUCCAUUUCCAUGGCCACAAGAAGAUUGGAAGAAGGCAAAGAAUGGAGUCAUUGACCACAGAUUUAGAAGACUUUGAAAACUCCGAAACGGCCUCGUUCGUGGGAACUUGUUUGAUCUCGUCCUCGGACUUUUAAUAUUAAUAUUAGAGCCCCCUCGGGCUUCUUCUUCUUCUUCUUCUUCUUCCUUCGCUUGGAUUUCUAAACCAGAAGCUACUGAAAAAGAGGACGACCCUGAUCAGUUUCCGAGCCAACUGUUAGAGAUUGUGCGUGUUGUGGGACAUCACUGCGUUUCUUCUUGCUUUUCCUAGUGUUGUGCUUCAACCUUGGUAUCGAGAUUUGUAGAAUAUCCGAGUGAGAAUUUGAUGAAAUCUUUAUGUCCGCGAGGCAAUUCAAGUUGUUCAGUGGGCUAUUAAUUCCUCAUAGCGAACCGAAUUGACGUAUUGAUUUGUUUGGGGAAGGCCCAAGUGAAGAAAUUCUAAUUGUGUCUUAGAUCUUUGAAGAUGGCCGGGGUACAAGAUCAAUUAGAGAUCAAGUUUAGGUUGACUGAUGGAUCGGAUAUUGGCCCCAAAAGCUUUCCCGUUGCAACAAGUGUUGCAACCUUAAAGGAAAGUAUUCUUGCUCAGUGGCCCAAAGAGAAAGAGAAUGGUCCAAGGACAGUGAAAGACGUCAAGUUAAUAAGUGCGGGGAAAAUAUUGGAGAACAACAGAACACUGGGGGAGUGCCAGAGCCCAUUGUGUGACAUCCCUGGCGGAGUUACGACCAUGCAUGUUGUUGUUCAACAGCCUUCUUCGGAGAAAGAAAAGAAAGGAGCAAACCAACCAGAUCAGAACAAGUGCUUGUGUGUGAUAUUAUGAUUUGCAGUUUGAAUAAUGGAGGUUGGUUACAUUAUUAUUAGGUGGGUAUGGAUAACUCUAUUUUGUUUUUUGUUUUUGGUUGGUAAGAUGAUACUUACUAAUAUCAUUCAGGCUCUUAAGUUUCCCCCCUUUUCUGGGUGUGUGUUUCUCAUUUCAACUACAGGUAAAGAUUGUUGGAGGUGGUAAUAUAAUGAAAGUUGGUGGCUUGCUGAAUGAUGCGGAAUUAUGCAUAUUUAUGAUGAAUCAUGUUUCAUUGUAGGUUAAUGAUUUCCUCAUAUGGCUGUUGCCUUCCAUGCCUUUGGUAUAUUUUGUUCACUGUGAAAUAUAUUGGUUAUGUUAUAAUGAAAUCACAUCUCCAUGGCAUAUUUAGUUA